CAUCAUGAAACCGGGGGCGGGGAGUGAAAAGUCAUAUUUAACAUCACCAGGAGUUGAGAGAAGACGGUAAGGGCUGGUACCUUGUCCUCUGAGUGAGCCGGGGCUCAGGUUUCCAGGUUCUUGGAGACAGGCCCGAGGACGAGUCCCGGCACCGCUCGGCUCCUCCGGGCCGACCCCCUUUUCCCCUCAGGCUCCGGGGGCGUUUUCCCCCCGCGCCCCGGGGCGGCCCCAGCCCGUCGGUGGCGGUGCCGCCCGCGGAGGUACGGCCCAGGUACGGCCCUGGGACUCCGCCGCGCCCUUUCCAGGAAGGAGAAGCCCCGAGAGACGCUGCCCCGCCGGCCGCUCUCCUCAGGUCGUCGCCGGAGCAGGUUGGCUUCUGUCUGACAGAUACCACGCCAUGUUUGUGUUUCUGGUGGUGCUGUGUCAGCUACACGUGAUGGUGUUUGCGUUUCCUCACUGCCCAGGGAGAUUAAAUAACUUGAAGAAACCUGAGCGGAAAGACGUGUUCACAUCAGAAAAGGAGGCUAAUUUAUUCAUCGGCCGGCAUCUUCUAAAUAACAGAUUUGACUUUGAAGCAUUCACAGCGGAUAACCUGGAGAGAGAAUGCUUUGAAGAGCUGUGCAAUUAUGAAGAAGCGAGAGAAAUUUUUGAAGACCCCGAUAAAACGAUGGAUUUUUGGAAAGACUAUUCAACUAAGGGCCCUAAAAUAAAAAUAGGUGAUGAGACACUACAAAAGAUUAACGUUACAGGACUUCUCAUCAGUCUAGUUGCUGCUGGAGUACUGUUAGUUAUAAUUGCACUGCUUAUCUUCUACUGCUGCAAAAGUAGAUGCAAAUCAAGGCAACCGCCAGGGUACUUGGAUUACGUAAGACGUCGAAGAUGUAGCUCAUCUCACAUGUUCAGAAGGCACGAAGAAUUUUCUUUAAACCCACUUCCUCUCCGAACUGAUGACUCAGCACUACCAACUUAUGAGCAAGCAGUCACUUUAGCUGGACAGCACGACGUGCCACCACCCCCUUAUCCAGGGCCACCAAAAGGGGCACGGGUGUUGAAAAAGUCUAUGUCGCUUCCUGCCCCUUAGUCACAAACCUCCUCCUGAGGUGAGGGGAGGGAUUGCUGAAACAUAACGUACUUUUUUUUUUAAAAAGUGUGUGCUACCUUGCAUAUUGCAAGACAGUUUACAAAAAAAUGUGAGAGAUCUUUAGCACAACCAGAAACAAGUGAAAGUCCCAUUUGGGAAAAAGGGGUGAGCUGUUGCAAAGGCUGCAGGACUGUUCUUUGCACCCGGUUAUUGUGUCAAGAGGAGGGACUGCAGAAAGAGUACAUUUUGUACCGCACUUUGAGCCAUCCCAUCCUACUAUUGAUGUUUCAUUAAUAGUUUCAUGGUCUUUUUCUUCAGAAGGAACAGUGUUUUAACUGGUUUUAUUGAAACUAACCAUUCUUUGUGACUGUUAAUACU